UCCCCAAUGCUCCUCCCUAGUGUUCUUCAACUAUGGCACCUACUUCAUGCCAGUCCCUUAUGGCACCUCUACAAUGGUACCUCCCCAAUGCUCCUCCCCUAUGGCCAGAAUAAAUAAAAAUGCUUUAUUACAACAGCAGUGCUGCAUGAGGAAAAAAGAUGAGUGCAUCUGGUGUGAGUUCCACUGUCAUAGUUCACAGUGAUCACUGUACAGACAAGCACUCUUCUUCAUGUGAUUAUUUGAGAAUUACUAGCAUAAUGAAACAGUCAAUUCAUUCCUAAAAAAUUCAGUCUUGCUAGUAAUUUGGGGGAGGGUCAUGCCUGUGCUAUUGUGAAUAUAUCAUGUCUUAUAGAACCACUAAGGGGUGGCCUGUGUUGUCUAAUGAGAGAGAUCACUGCAAUAUUUCUCAUAUUUAUAGAAGCAAAAAAUAUUCACACAUCGCUUUAUCUUAUUUAACAUAGUUUUAAAAAAAACCUGUUGCAUUCCAAAGGGCCAGAAGGUGGCGCAGUGGUUAGAGCUGUUGUGUUACCGACGCUGGUACAAGUCUGAAUCUCACUGCUACUGUAGUUCCCUCGAUUCGGGUACUUACCCUGGAGGGGGGGGGGGUGCAGUAAGAAUACCCUGUGCUAUACACAGCUAAACCCUGUACAGAUGAUCAUUAACACUGUGUAAGUCGCCUUGGCAAGAGGAGUCGGAUGGAUAAAUGAAGGCUGGAGAACUGUGUCCGCAAGGGUACAAUUUUAGAUGGAGGGAAAAGAUUUGAAACCCAGCGGGUGUGUCUAGUUAUUGAGCCACAUAUCAUACGCAAUAUUACAGUGAGACGCACGGGCGAAAGCGCUGCUGCUCCCCAGCCCACAUCACCAUCACCAUCAUCAUCUCUCUCCGUCACCGUCUCUCUCGUCUCACCGUGGCGCGCCGCUCUCCGCUCCUCCUCACGCGGUCACACUCACACGCCCCUAAGGCUCAGGGUGUGGAGCAGCUCCGCGGCGGGGUACGAACCUCUCUCAGCACGUGUCCCGUUCGAGACCCCAUUAAAGACGCGGAGGCGCUGAAAGACGAGCGGCGAUCGCUGAUAGUGCGGCUUCCUGUUCGAAACAAACCCCCCGCGCGGCUCCCUCCCUCCCUCACUGGCGCGCGCACGUUCCGUCGCUCCAGUCGAAGCCCGAAGCCGCGGACGGCGGUGCGCGUUCUCGUCUCCAUCCAUGUCGGCGAGGAGGGCGUCCGCGCUGAGGGAGGACAGCAGCAGCAGCAGCGACGAGAAGCAGUUCCUCCAGAGGUGUCCUUCCACGAACGAAUACUUUGACAUCGCUUUCAAGGUCAUGCUGCUGGGAGACUCCGCCGUGGGGAAGACGUGCUUCCUGGUGCAGUUUAAAGACGGGGCCUUUCUCGCAGGCAACUUCAUUGCCACCGUUGGAAUAGACUUUAGGAACAAAGUUGUAACGGUCGAUAAUUUGAAGGUGAAAUUGCAGAUAUGGGACACGGCGGGACAGGAGAGGUUUCGCAGCGUGACCCAUGCGUACUACAGGGAUGCCCAGGCUCUGCUGCUCCUGUAUGACAUCACCAGCAAGUCUUCCUUCGAUAACAUCAGGGCCUGGCUAACAGAAAUUCAUGAAUACGCGCAGAAGGAUGUGGUCAUCAUGUUGCUGGGCAACAAGUCAGACAUGGUUCACGAGAGAGUCAUCAAGCAGGAAGAGGGACAAAAGCUGGCCAGGGAAUAUGGAGUUCCUUUUAUGGAGACAAGUGCCAAGACUGGAGUCAAUGUGGAGCUUGCCUUUCUCGCUGUAGCAAAAGAGCUCAAGCAGCGUGUAAGUCAGCAGCCCAACGAGCCCAAGUUCCAGAUUCACGAGUACAUCGAGUCCCAGAAACAGAAGUCGGGCUGCUGUGGCUUCAUGUAGAGCAGAUCGCCGUGGUCCCGUUGGUGUGGAACGCAGGGGAGGGAAGACGGCAGGGAAGAACGGCACCGGUACCACCGCGCAGACAGAGAGUCCGAAUGAGCAGAGCCUCCGUUUUAUUCCCGUUGCGUUGGUGGGGAAUCUGUUCUUCCCUCCCCAGCCCGACCUGACGCAUUGUGGAUGCAACGGAUCGCAGCUGACCAUUCCACCUACCCCUGACCUGCCUGCUACCCCCCGAAUGGGUAUCGGUAUGGGAAGCAGCUCGUACUACUUCAUGUUAUGGAACGCAUUUCGCUGAGAAAGGCCAGGAAGGAGAGUGUCAAGCAGGUAGGGUGUAGUAAUCGGCCACAAAGGUUUGUCUGUAAGUCUUUCUAACCUGUGUUCUGGACACACAAUCCCAAAAUUUCUGUUUUUUUUAAUCAUUACGUAACAUUUGACUUUUCAUUUAAAGGGAAUCUUCAGGCUUGUAGAACCUCUUUUUGCACAAUGGCAAGUUGGAGCACAAAAUUCUCUAAGGAGCUGGGAAUCAGGCAUUUAGUGCCAGAUUCUUAAUUCCUCAGAUUUGUAAAUUUAAGACUAGUUCUAGUACAAAAUGGUAACAUAUUUAUUUUUUGUGAUAUGGUACCCGUUUGAGUUCGAUAUAUGUACAACAUGUCUUGCAUCAGUUGGUAUGUUGUAUAUAUCAUCUUAGAUCCCUACAGCUGUUAGAUGCUGUGAAAUGAUACUGGUAAUGUUUCCAGAUAAACUUUUUCAGCCAAAUGAAGUGAAGGCUGUCUCUCUUUUUUCACUUGAUUUCGCUUUUGCUUCACGUGAAUUUCAAUUUCUUCCCAUAAGAAGUGACUUGAAAAAAAAUCUCUUAAUGGGGCGAUGGGUUACUUAGUACAAAUACUGCGGGUUCAACAUGGAUCGAGGAAUAAAAUAAAGUAAGAACACCACGUGCCAAAACAAUGAUAAUGCUGAUGGUGCCAGGAAAACGCCAAAAACAAGUGAGAAGACCUAUUCGGCAGAGAGCAGACACCCGCAGACUAUAUGGGUAACGAUACACAUACAUAUGUACGGUUUACUCUGAAUUCCUGCUUUUACUUGUUUCAGUUUGGCUUGCAUGUUUCUUCUGUCAGGUUUGCUUCCGUUCCUUUCUAAACCUGUAAAAUGUAUUAAAUCCAUUUUUAACAUGUAGCAUGCAUUAAAGUCAUUUUAAUAUAUUUUGUUAGUAGAUUUAAUCCAGUUUAAGUUUGAAAAUGCAAACAAAUAAACCGCAGCGAUAUUCUGUUGUAUGAAACCAGUAACAAGGAUGACAAGAAUUGCUCAAGUACCUUAAGAUAUGGCAUCAUUCACUUUACCAAUCCUGUUUAUGCUGUAUAUUGUUUUGAAUGUUGCUUGCUUGUAUGUUAAAUUCAUUGGAGGCCAUGUUUUGAAUUCUGUCUGGUGAACAUGCAAGACGUUUGCAACGUGGAACAAGAAGCAGAAUCAUAUUCUUUAUUAAAUCUAGUUUUCAGUGUGAUGGAAGUGUUCACUUGCCCAUUUUUGCAAGGGAGAAUUUGUACCCAUAUUUACCCGCGAAUUGCCGCUGUCUGGGUUAAUGCGUUUGAACGUCUCACUGCCCUGGAGUUCUGCCUCUCGAAAGCCCUACCGCAGCUGAAACCUCUCUGUAGGUAUGAGAGUCUCUAUUAAAAACUAAGAUGGGUUAAUACUCCUUUACAGUUUCCUAAUUGUGCAAUAAUG